UUAUGAAACCAUGGUGUCAAUUUUCUUUGCUAUUGAGAACAGCUUACCUUUUGCCAGGAGCAACAUUUCCAACAUCAUGCAUCAAAUUUUAAAGUUUGCAAAGCAGAUGGUUAGAAAACUACCAUUGAAAUGGUUGCGUGUUCAACAGGAAAUUCAGAAGUUGAAGGUGAAGAAUAUCUAUUUACCAACCAAUGAGGUGAUUGAUUUGGUUGAGCGGUGUGGGGUGAAACAAGAUGCUCAAAGGGUGCUACUUGAGUAUUUACAUGACCUUGGCGAGAUUCUCUACUUUCCUGAUGACGACGCUCUAAAGGACAUCAUUGUUUUAGAUCUGAUGAAAGUAGUUGACAUGUUUAAAACAAUAAUAACCGUUAUUGAGCCUAAACUUAUGAAACCAAAGCACAGAAAGGCCUGGAGGAGGUUGGACUUGGGUAUCCUAGAGGAGCAUCUUUUGAGACACCUCUGGAAGGAGUUCAAUUUUUCAGAUAAGACGUUUGACUUCUUUGUAUCUCUGAUGCAGAAGUUUGGACUGGUGUGCGAAAGAAAGGGUGGUGAACGUAUUUUCUACGUUCUGUCACGCUUGAAGUCUGAAUGUGUAAAGACAUCGCCCCCGGAUGAUGGGAAGCGCACAAUUUCAAUCUUUCAUGACUUUGGUAGCUAUCUACCCGACGAUCUUUUUCAGCGUGGAGUAACUAAAUUCAUCGAGAGCUUCCAAAUAGAAGAUAAUGAACCUACAUUAUCUUAUGAGCAUGUGGAGAUGAACAUCGAAGAGCUUCACCACGUGGUUCUGAAUGUAGCUACCAUCAAGCAUCGUCGUAUGUUCCAGACAACAAUCACCAGAAUAAAGAUCCUCAACCCUGAUAAGCCUAUUGAGGAUGCUGAUCCUUUACCAAGUGUUUGUAAGAAGGUUUUGAGUUUUCUAGAAAAGGAGUUAAGGAUCUUUAGCCAGAGCGGUGCACGAGGGGUUGAAUUAACGAGGUACAUACGCUGUGUGUGUAAUGACGCUCACAUGCAUAUCGUGCGCAAGUUUGACAAGGAUGUGCUGCCAUGUGGAAGUAAUGGAAUUGAAGUGAAGCGCUACCGCCGCCUAUUUGGAGAUGACGUGCCACAACAGGAAGAUGUUUUACAGUCGCAAGAAUUAGUAACUAAUCCUGAAGGAUUUGUGGAUGACGCCACUAUUGCAACAGUCUCCGAGAAAAUGGACCUCAGUUGGAGAAGGCUGGGUGUCCGUCUGGGACUUAGGUGGUCAGAUGUUAAUAGGUACUAUGCUGAUGAAAGAGAGACUCCUAAGGCUGUUAAAAAUAUGUUAAAGGAUUGGAGAAGCAGUUUCAGUAGUGAAGGACAUCAACUUAAUGUGUUGUGCACCGCUCUCAAGCAGCAUGGACGCAGUGAUCUAGCAGGCAUGUGGUUUGACGGCAAGAUCGAUGAAGAUACCCAGAUCAAUGCAAAACAAGCAGAAAGCUUUGACGAUCGAGACCUGCUAUUUAUCUGUGACAACUUGAGUUCCAACUUAUGGAGGAGACUUGGAGUGCGUCUUGGACUUAAGUGGGUAAAUAUCAAUAACAUUUCAAAAAGCAACAGACGGUUGGAAGACAGCAUCAUGGAAUCACUGGUAACUUGGAGAGAUGGUCAGUCAAAGCACCAAAUGCCAAUCAUGAUUCAUGCUUUUGAACAACAAAAACUGUACAGUCUUGCUGAUCAAGUGUGUAAAAGGCAUAGCUACAAAGUAGACAAAGAUGUUACACCAAGUCAAUCACGUCUGCUUCAAGUUCCUACACAUCACAGAGAGGAGCAAGGUCACUUGGCAGAAAUAGACUUGCUGUUUAUCGCCGAAAAACUUGACUGUAAUUGGAAUUUAUUGGGCUUGUAUCUUGGUUUAACUCCAUCUGAAUUGAGUCAAAUUGCGUCUGACUUGUCACCACCAAUUGUAGAUGCCUGCAUUGAAAUGUUGGUCCAGUGGCGAAGCAGACAGGAAGAUAAAGUCAAUCAACUCGACAAGAUGAGUGAUGCGCUGAACAAAGUUGAACGAAAAGACAUCAAGGAAGGACUUGUGUCAUACUACCAAAAAGAAACUGGUGUAAAGUGAUUAAAGAACAUUUGUAGUUAAGUAUUGCUACAAAUUAAGUUGAAAACACUGCUACAGAAAAUGCCAUCGGAAGAAAUUUAUCAACUAACACUCUUUUUAAUUACAAACAAUCAAUUUAGAUCACACAACAACUUCACUAUUUAUACUGGAUAACAUAGCAGGAGGGUAUUACAACCUGUUUUACAUAUGGUUCUGUUUUGUGAUACAAAUUUGCAGUAUAAUAAUCAACAAGUUGCAAAUUAAAUAAUUUGCAAAGAGAUUUAAAAACAAAUAUAAAACAAAACGCUUAAUGUGAAAUGCAUUAAUAUGAAUCUAUAAUUAUUUUAGAUUCGUAUUUUAUAAAAUUGUUUAGAUCUUUUCAUUAAUUUGAAUCCGGGGAUUGCGUCAGAAAUGCGCAAUAACACAAAUGUGUCCGCAAUCCCUAAAAUGCUCACAAACUUAGCUUUGACGAUGUUAAAACAGCUUUGUAUGGCGUUAUAUGAUCAAAGGUUGAACUAUUUAAGAUAUUUGUCAUCCAUUGGACCUUAGCACCCCACAAAGUGCAUGAAAAUAUUAUUGUCAGCUUUUAAGAAUAUGUGUAUAAAAUGUAUACUUAAGGUCUAGAAAAUGCAAAAAUAGUAAGUCUGUAGGUUUCACCAGGCUUAGUAAAUGGAUCUGAUGAAGAAGAUUAUGUGCUAGGCCUGAAGCCUAUAAAAGAAUCAACAAAAUAAAUGUUUAUAACAAAAGCAUUAUCAGUGGUUGCAACAUCAACAACUUACAAUAAAAAAAUAAAAUAUAAAUAUAAGAAUAUUAAAAGAGAACUUUAUAACUAAAUUAAAAUGAAAUGCAUAAGGUUGAUUUCUCUUUUCUAUACUUAAUAUAUAAAAAGAAUAAUUUUUUGUUCCUAAUUUAAUCAGAACUAAUAUUUAUUUUUAAAUAUUGUUAAACAUAAAAACACGAGUUAAAAGUCGAAAUACAUUCCAUUGAGGUUCUUCUGGAGGUGAAUUGGGCAGCAGAUCUGGAGACAAUAUCAGUCUUUCCGAAAAGUGUACUGCGUUAUUGAAAGUGUACAAUGGGCAAAUCGGAGGCCAACUGCUUAAACGUUCAAAAUACCGUGCACAAUGGAAACUUGUAUUUCUGCCCUCCUGCUGAUAAGAAUAGCGGGUGGUUUGAACCAAUGAAUGAAUGAACCUAUGAAUGAAUAACUGAAUGAAUGAAUGAAUGAAUAAAUUUGUUAUUGGUAAUUUUUUUUAACAUGUUAUAGUCUUUUACAGUUUUUCACUGCUUACUAUUUGUAUUUUUUACUGUAUAUUAAAUAUUACUCUGUACUUAUUUUAACCAUCUAUUUUAACCACUUAUUUGUAUGACCUGUAAUGUGUAUAUUUUAUCCUCAUAUUUGUGUUGUUAGCUGUGCCAAGCAAAGAAAAUUUCAAGCCAUUUUAUGAGUUUGACUAAUAAAAUUGUAUUGAUGAAUAGCAGAAACUUCAGUCACUUGGCAAAAUGUUAUUGGUAAAGUAUACUUAUUAAACAAACUGUCAUCCCUUUUCA